CAACUCGGCCGUGCAGGCGGCGGCUGCCGGCGUCGGGCUCGUCGCCCCCUCUUUUUUCUCGGUAAUUUGGCUUUCCCUCUCAGGUCAUUUCCAUGGUUUUCCGAUCGCCCUUAGAGCUUUAUCCCUCCCAUUUCUUCCUGCCCAACUUCGCUGAUCGCCCCCUGCUCCUGGCGAACAGCGCGCCCGCCGCCAGGUCCCCGGAAGACUUGUCCAUGUUCCAGCUACCCACGCUCAACUUCUCCCCGGAGCAGGUGGCGAGCGUCUGCGAGACGCUGGAGGAGACCGGCGACAUCGAGCGGCUGGGCCGCUUCCUCUGGUCCCUGCCCGUGGCGCCCGGAGCCUGCGAGGCCAUCAACAAGCAUGAGUCCAUCCUGCGCGCCCGCGCCGUGGUGGCUUUCCACACGGGAAACUUCCGGGACCUCUACCACAUCCUGGAGAACCACAAGUUCACCAAAGACUCGCACGGGAAGCUGCAGGCCAUGUGGCUGGAGGCGCACUAUCAGGAGGCCGAGAAGCUGCGCGGACGCCCGCUGGGUCCCGUGGACAAGUACCGCGUGCGCAAGAAGUUCCCGCUGCCUCGGACCAUCUGGGACGGCGAGCAGAAGACGCACUGUUUCAAGGAGCGGACGCGGAGCCUGCUGCGGGAAUGGUACCUGCAGGACCCCUACCCCAACCCCAGCAAGAAAAGGGAACUGGCGCAAGCCACCGGACUCACUCCCACGCAGGUCGGAAACUGGUUCAAGAACCGAAGGCAACGAGACAGAGCCGCGGCGGCCAAAAACAGGCUGCAGCACCAAGCCAUGGGAGCGGGCGGCAUGCGCUCCCUGUCCGAAGCCGGGCUGACCCCUCACAGCUCGGCGGAGUCGCCGUCGACGGCGGCCAGUCCCACCACCAGCGUGUCGAGCAUGACGGAGCGCGUGGACACCGGCACCUCCAUCCUGUCCGUCACCUCCAGUGACUCCGAGUGCGACGUAUGAUAACCACCACCAUGCAACAAAACAAGAGAAUUGUUGGCAGGGAAAAUGGACCCGAAAGGGGGGGAAAAAAGACUCGGAUGGAGGAGUGCAAAGGACCGUUAUAAAUAUGACAUAAAAAGAGAUAAAGCACGUGCUUUUUUUUUAUUAUUCAAGGCGCUUUCAAAAAAAGAAAAAAGAGCCAGGCUAUAUACGCCUUCCCUCCUCCUCUUCAUCAUACGCCAACAAUACUAGACUUGCAUGAAAAGUCCUUUCUUUUUUUUUCUUUUCAAUUAUUUUGCAUCCAGAGGAGCAUCGAGCUGCAGAGGGAAUAAACACAUUUGGACCAGUUAUUUUUGUGACGACGUCACGCAGACCAGAUGCAUUAUUUCGGUGUUGUUCAUCAGACAAUCAUUUCAAGUCGUAAGCACCUUUUUUGUUGUCGUUCCUCAAAAAAAAGUGAACAAUAAUAUUACUUUGUCACUGCCUGUGUGGGGUCAAAACAAUGUAUUGUUUUUUUUAUUUUCAAUUUUUAUAUAUACGGGAGGAUGUAUAUCGGAAGAAGAAAAAGAAGGAAGAAACACAAACAAAACAAAGGCUAUCUUUCUCCCGCGCUGUAUUAUAAAAAGUGUAGAAAUAUGCUUGUACAUAACGAACCCCUCAUCCCUCACUCACUUGGUGUUCCUCCUCCAAUUUGUCCCCAGACCGAAAACACUCACGCGUGCUCAAGUUCAGCCUGUCUGUUUUGUAUGUGACAUUUGCGCAUAUCACUACGUGGACCUUUCUCCUCCUCCUCACCUUCAAAUCAUGUUUUUAUAUGUGAAUA